AUGAAGACCGGGCUGAUGGUCAUGUCGGUUGGCGCGGCAGUCGCCCAGACUGUGCCGACCGUACACAUUCCUCUCAACCUCCGGUUCGGGGCCAACCACAAGACCUCAACCGAUGUGUUCAUCCCCUCGCUCAACACCACACUUGAGGUGGUCUACGACCAGGGCAGCGAGAACUUCUUCGUGUUUGGGCCUGACUCCAUUGCAAACUGGGGCCUGACCUGCCUUAGCUGCCAAGGGCCUUGCAACGCCUCGGUCCCAGCCGGUGACUACUUGGACUACCCACAUUCAUCCACAGCGUCGGAGCCGGUGCCAUUCAGCUCCUUCUACGCGUAUGGUGGUUUUGACAAGAUCUACGUUGGCAAUGUUGCCGUCAACGAGACUUUCGAUUUCGUCAACAACGCCGGACAGUCCACAAAGAGCCCCGAUACCACAGUGGCGAUUGUGAACUACCUGCAACAACGCAUCGGCAGCACCGGCACCUGCAGCCCUGUGCCCAUCUAUGAUCUCGGCAUCCUGGGCGUCUCGCCCUACUACCACAGCAACAACGAGACGGGGCGCAACACGACUGGUCCAUCCUUCCGCCAGGACCUGCUUGAAAGUGGACGUAUUAACGCGCCCGUCCAGUCGCUGUGGUUCGACGAGGCCCCGGCCGACGUGCGUGGCACCUACACCGGAGGCGGCCUGCAGGGCGGCAUCGACACCUCCAAGUACACGGGCGAGCUGGUCAAGGUCCCCAACGCCUGGGAGCAGGGCCGCGUCGGCUACUACGUGCCCACCCCCAAGCUGUCGUCCAACGGCAUCCCCAUCACCACGGGCAGCGUCGGCGGGGAGGUGACGUCCUGCCUCGUCGACUCGGGCACGCACAGCGACGACCUCCCCAUCGCCGACGAGGCCGCCUUCUUCAACGCGACCGGCAUCCGCCGCAGCCCCGCUGGCCACGUCUCGUGGCCGGGCGCCUGCGACUCCAUCCCCGCCGACGAGACCAUCGACCUGACCUUUGCCGGCGUCAACGAGGGCGAGUCCGUCACCGUCAAGGUGCCGAUCCGCUCCUACGUGAGGGUCGGCCUCGAGAGCGACGAGGACGCGGGAUACUGCACCCUCAGCCUCGAGCCCAGCGGCUGCAUUCUCGGCUCGCCGUUCGCUACCGCUGCGUUCUUCGCGGCUGAUGAUGAGCGUGGCGAGAUUGCCUUUGCUCAGGGUGCAGUGUCCAAGGCCGGCAGUGCUGUUGAUGAGGCGAGCGUCAUCGCUAGAAUUCCGUAA